UCCAGGCACCUGCCAAGUCUGCCUGGCCUUACCUUUGCCUUUGAGUGCUUUCCAUGCUGCUCUCAGUCUCUAAUACCAGGAGCCAUUUUGUACCCUUGGUUAAUAGAGGGCCACCUCACUUUUUCAGAAAGGGAAAACAACAAAACAUUUCAUUGACGUCUCUCCAUGGAAUGGAAUUAUAAAUGCACCUGAUACAUGACUGCUAUUUCUAACAUUCAGACAGAAGUGUAAAGGACAACUUUCUAACUAAUGAGCAUCUCACUGCACUGUCGAUGGAAGUCGGGAGCCUUGCCUUGCUCCAGCCAGGGUAGGGUGGUCUGUCCUCCGGUGUGUGCCGUCUCCCCCCACCAUGCAGAAUAAUGAGCCCUCCACACCAUGAGUCCUCUGGGCCGGGUUACUCUGCAGCCUACCUGGAACGCAGCCCUGCUCGCCGUGCUCUCCCUCAUGGUGCCAGCUCUCAGUGUGUGCCAGGCUGCAGGCCCUGCGUUGGGCUCGGCCAACCCGCAGAACUGUCCAGGUGUGUGCUCCUGCACUAACCAGCUCAGCAAGGUGGUGUGUACCCGUAGAGGCCUGAUUAGGGUACCUCCAAACAUUCCACCUAACACCAGGUAUCUGAACCUGAUGGAGAACAGCAUAGAGACCAUCCAGGCAGACACCUUCAGGCACCUGCAUCACCUGGAGGUGCUGCAAUUGGGCAGGAAUGCAAUCAGGCAGAUCGAGGUAGGGGCCUUCAAUGGCCUGACCAGCCUCAACACCUUGGAGCUGUUUGACAACAGACUGACAGUCAUACCCAGCGGAGCUUUUGAAUACCUGUCAAAGUUAAGAGAGCUGUGGCUUAGGAACAACCCAAUUGAGAGCAUCCCCUCUUAUGCCUUCAACCGUGUCCCCUCCCUCAUGAGGUUGGACCUGGGAGAACUGAGAAAGCUGGAGUACAUCUCUGAUGGAGCUUUUGAGGGCCUUCAAAACCUCAAGUACCUCAACUUGGGAAUGUGUAACCUGAGGGAGUUUCCUUAUCUUUCACCCUUGGUAGGCUUGGAAGAGCUUGAGAUAUCAGAGAAUGUUUUUCCUGAGCUGAAGCCUGGGGCCUUCCGUGGGCUCAAAUCCUUACGUAAAUUGUGGAUUAUGAACUCAGCCAUCACUACAAUUGAGAGGAAUGCAUUUGAUGACAUCACAGCCUUGGUGGAGCUGAAUUUGGCCCAUAAUAACCUGUCGUCCCUCCCCCAUGACCUCUUCACUCCUCUACAGUAUCUGGUGGAGCUGCACCUGCACCACAACCCAUGGCGCUGUGACUGCGAUGUGGUGUGGCUCUCCUGGUGGCUCAGAGAAUACAUUCCCACAAACUCCACCUGUUGCGGACGCUGCCACACCCCAGCCCACAUGAGAGGACGUUACCUGGUGGAGGUGGAUCAGACCACUUUUCAGUGUUCAGCACCAUUCAUACUGGACGCUCCUAGGGACCUGAACAUUUCAGCAGAGAGAGUGGCAGAAUUAAAGUGUCGCACAGCUGCCAUGAGCUCUGUCCGAUGGCUUCUCCCCAAUGGGACAGUAUUGACCCAUGGGUCGGCUCACCCACGGAUAUCUGUCCUUAAUGAUGGAACACUCAACUUCUCCAAUGUUCUCCCAUCAGAUACAGGGGUCUACACCUGUAUGGUGACCAACAUGGCAGGAAAUUCCAAUGCUUCAGCCUACCUGAACGUCAGCAAUGCCGAACUCAACACCUCCAACCUAUCCUACUUCACCACAGUGACAGUGGAGGUCUUAGAGCCCACAGUGGAGGAGACCCCUAAACCCAAGCCUACAGUCCCUGCCUCGCCCUCUGUCUUUCAGCCAGUCUUCAUCUCUACACCCACUGUGCUGCUCCAAAACACUCAGACCCCAAGGCAAGUGUCAAUCCCCACCGCCAGAAUCCCAAGUGGGCCAGCCGCCAGCCUUGAUGAGGUGAUGAAGACCACCAAGAUCAUCAUUGGCUGUUUUGUUGCUGUUACUUUGCUGGCAGCUGCCAUGCUGAUAGCAUUCUAUAAGUUGCGUAAGCGGCAUCAACAAAGGAGCACGGUGGCAGCAGCCAGGGCCAUAGAAAUCAUACAGGUAGAGGAGGAGGUGCCUCCAGUUCCACCACCCACCUCUGGAUCUAGUGGCUCUGAUGACACAGGACUGGUGCUGCCUACAUUAGUGGAACACAACAGCAACACCUUUAAGCCUGGUUAUGUGUCCUCCUCCACCUGCUCAUCCCGCAGAGGGGCCUACGGAGCCCACUGGACGCAGAACAACCUAGGCAACUCUCUCCAUCGCUCCGUCAGACAGCACCACAGCCACAUCAGCACCAUUGCUGAGCCCUACGUCAUUAAGCCUACUCACACCAAGGAGAAGGUUCAAGAGACCCAAAUCUGAGCAUUGCUCAUUAUGGAUCUAUCUCUCACUCGGCCCCAACCUCUCCACCUCUCUGCUCACCAGUUCAUGCAAUAGAAUGCACAAAGAACAAAACGGUAACUUUCUUUUGUACAGAAGUGCAAAACAGAGACACUUUUUUGUUUCUUGUACAUGCCUAUACAUAAGUAUAUAAAUAUGAAAAAAUACAAAUAUAUAUAAAUGAAUCUACCGUCAGGCAGUGGUAAGAGAUGCAGAUUAUAUUAGAAAAGAAAGUAAUUUGAAACUAUUUUCUAAUAAUUGGUGACUUCUAUUUAAAAAGAGAAAGACACUGAAUUGCUUUUGUGAUUGGUAAUAGAAGGUUGUCCUGUCUAGGUAAAGAUGCAUUAUGUUUGUUUUUUGACCAUGCUAUCUAGGACUCAGUAAAAACCCCUUUAUACAGACACCAGUUUGUAAACAGCCCCAGAUUUAAGCUCCAGUUUAUACUGUGCCAAACAUUAUAUGCAAUAAGAGGUAUUUCCACAUUAUGAAACACAAAAAUCAUAAAAGCAAAAUCUAGAUAAAUAGAAACACUGGUCCAAGGAUAGCAGCAUAAUGGCACAGAUAGAAUGUGCUGUUCAGUAGCUAUCAGCCAAAUGCUUUUGGACUGCAGUGAAUUUCUGCAGCUAAGGUUUAACCCUCUGUUUGCUGGAGCUAAGCUGCAUUUCUUUGACAAUGCCAGUGCUUCUUAGUUGUAGCGUAUCUAAAUCUGUUUAUUAAGUGUGCACAUGAUUCCCAACUGGUUCGACUGGCAAAGAUGAAGUGCAGGCUAAUAACAGUUGUUGCAAUUACUUUGUUCUGUUAUUGGUUGCAUUAUGUAUUAUUUCUUUUCCCUUUGGUUUUGACAUGCUUCUUAAUGGCUUGUGUAGUGUUUAGGGCUAAAUUAGUAAUGCAUUACAGCAGUUGCCUGACUUGUCUCUGCAAGGGCUCAUUCCAAUGCUAAUUUUUCAAAGGAGCAGACAUGUGGUGCAGUGAUACAGGGCUUUGCUGACCGUUCUGCUUUUGGAG